AGGGGUUUGGGGCUUCCCUUUCCGGCUGUGGCUCUUCUCUGGGUCCAGCGGCUGCCCUUCAGUACCAUGGCAGCGGCUGGGAGGAGGAGGAGGGCAGGGCAUGGGAGCCUCCUGUGGGCAGCAGCAGCUGCUGCAUUUAUACUUGUUGUAGAUGCAUCUUAUGUGGAAGACUUAGAUGACUCGUUUAAAGAGAACCGUAAAGAUGACAUCUGGCUUGUAGAUUUCUAUGCACCUUGGUGUGGCCAUUGCAAAAAACUGGAGCCAGUGUGGAAUGAAGUUGGCAAAGAGAUGGGAAGCAUUGGUUCUCCAGUUAAAGUUGGGAAGAUGGAUGCAACUUCUUAUUCUAGCAUUGCCUCUGAAUUUGGAGUUCGAGGCUAUCCAACCAUUAAGCUGCUUAAAGGUGACUUGGCAUACAACUAUAGAGGCCCUAGGACCAAGGAAGAUAUUAUUGAGUUUGCAAACAGAGUAUCAGGACCUAUUAUCCGACCACUCCCUAGCCAGCAGAUGUUUGUGCAUGUGCAAAAGAGGCAUCGUGUAUUUUUUCUGUACGUUGGUGGGGAAUCCCCAUUAAAGGAAAAAUACAUAGAAGUUGCUUCCGAACUAAUUGUUUAUAACUUUUUUUCUGCCUCAGAAGAGAUACUACCUAAGUUUGUGACACCCUCUGAGAUGCCUGCUGUUCUUGUCUUUAAAGAUGGAGAUUAUUUUGUAUAUGAUGAAUAUGAAGAUGGCGAUUUAUCAUCCUGGAUAACCAGAGAAAGAUUUCAGGGGUACCUGAAUGUAGAUGGAUUUAUACUCUAUGAACUUGGAGAUACAGGAAAACUAGUGGCUAUUGCAAUUAUUGAUGAUAAAAAUACCUCUGCAGAACAUACAAGGUUGAAGUCUAUUCUUCAGGAUGUUGCUAAAAAUUACAGAAGCCAUUUUACUAGGAACUUUCAAUUUGGCCACAUGGAUGGAAAUGAGUACAUUAAUGGUUUACUAAUGGAUGAUGUGAAAAUCCCCAGUAUUGUUGUACUGAACACAUCCAAUCAGCAAUAUUUCCUACCUCAUAAACCUAUAGAGACCACUGAAGAUAUGGUCCAGUUCAUUCAUGAGAUAUUGGAAGGCACUGCAGAAGUUCACGGUGGAGAUGGAAUUCUUCAGCGAAUCAAGAGAAUAAUUUAUGAUGCAAAGUCAACUGUGGGAUCUAUUUUCAAAAGUUCCCCACUUCUGGGUUGCUUUCUCUUUGGGCUGCCACUGGGUGUCAUCAGCAUCAUGUGUUAUGGAAUCUGCACUGCUGACACGGAGGGAGGAUCUGAUGAAGCAGACACAUCCAAGAAAGAAAUAGGCAUGGAUCUGACUGAUGAAGGCACUGAAGAGGAACAAGAAGAGGAGAACAUUGAAAACCUGGUAGAACCUCAAGAUGAAAAGGAGGAACAGAAAACUAUAUUAGAAAAGAAAAAAGACUAAAUUGCUUAAAUAAAGAAGUUUUUUCCUGUUAAACUUUCAAAUAGAGACUUAUUUAUUGAAUUUAGACAUUUAUCUGUGACCUUCAGAGAGAAGGACAUUCUUGUUUUAUGUGCAUGUAUUCACAUUGCUUGGCUGAGGGGAGGUAUAGGUCAGAGUCUUGAUUUUGAAGUCUCUUACCAGAGAGAAGAAAUCAAAUUAAGGAAAGUAUGUGGGUUAUAUUACAUGGAUGCAUCCUGUAGUUGGAUUAAAACAAUGCUUUCCCAUCUUCUUCUGUCUACCGAUACCUGUAAUUUAAAAAGAAAUACUCUUGCCAUGUAGCCAAAAGAAAUAAGGCUCUGUUUAAAAUAUGGGAAGCAAACAAGUUCUCACUUUGGAGUAACAUCUGUAAAUAUUACUGAACUUUGCAAACUGUUAAUGGGGGAAAUACCUUGGGUAUGUUACGUUUAUGUAUUUUUAUUUUCAUUACUAUAGUUACUAAAAAGCAGUACUUUUUCUUAUUUUUGUUAAGAAAAAUAUAAAUUUAAAAUUUUCUGAUAUAGAAAUUCCAGAACUAAAGACAAGUAUCAUGGACUCACCAGAAUUGCUUUUUAAUUGCCUGUUUCAUAAUUUCAAAGGUAGUGUUUCCUUCCCUGAAAAUAUUUCCAAGUCCAUUCGAUACUGCAUAUUAUUGAUCCAGUAUGCUGAAUUAAUUAGAAAUUCAUAUGUACAUUUAACAUUUAGUAUUUUUUUCCCUUUUAAAUGCUGUUUUUCUAAAUAUUAACUACUUGACAAAUCUGAAGGGUGCAGUUGUUUAUGGCAACAUUUUUGGAAUGAUUUCUAUUAAUGUUUUGCAAAGUUUGUAACAACCUUUCUGCAGUAUGCCAAAAUAUUUUUGAAGUGGGUUAAAUCUUGCUCCCGCUAUCUCUUCUGCAAAUGAAUAACAUUUGCCAACAUGUUACCAGCUUAUUAACACUGACACCUGUAGCACUGAUAGCAUUUAUAGAAAAGAAGGGCAUUUGUCUGUGUAAUCCAUUUUCAUUAGUUGUUAAUCACAUAAGUCAUCUUUAAUUCCCCCCAUGACAUUGAAAGAGACUAAGCCCUCUCCAGAGUUGAGAUCUCAAGGGACAAGCCAUAUGAUGCUGUUUGGAGUAUUGAUACCAUGGUGAUUACCAUAGCAACGAACCCUAUGCUGUUCAUUUUCAGGACGAAGGCUAUGUCAUAUUCAGUUGGAAAACUGAAAAAAUAAACAUUUUUAUGCUUGUGGGUCCACAGUAUAACAAGUAUGAAAGGAAUAUCCACAUUUGUAUGUCAAAAUGCAUAAAAUUUGAAUAAAAAUUGUUUAAGGAAUUGAUUAGCUUCCACUAUUCCUAUAUAAGAACGAUUCAUUUUUGGUAGAAAGAGAAGUCAUAGCUGUAAAGCUGUGCAAUUUUCUAACAACCAACCUAGUUCCUUAUCUCAUAAAAUUUUGUUGAUGGGAAAAAACUAUGCAGACAUUUAAUGUGGUUAUUUUGAAAGGGGAGGUUUUUUUUAAAAAAGACAUAUUUCCUUGGCAUUUUCCCCCCAAAAUAGGACACCAUGAGGCAUGUAAAGUAUGUAAUUUUAUUUGUGAAUGGCUUUACCCAAAGAAAAAAAUGACUGUAUUUCGUAUAUAAUGCACAAAAACAUUCUGAGUGCUGACAAUUUCACUGUAUGAAGAAAUAUUGGUCUUUUUAAAAAAUUGAAAUUUAAACUAUACUUAAUGUUUGACUAUUUAAAGAAGGUAUAUUAUAAAUGGUAUUUUUGUUUCCAGAAUUCAUCCAGUCUUGUUACAACUUCUUGGCUUUUGAUAUUAAGGUCUGUUUCAGUUGCUGCAAAACUGAUGCUGAAAACUCUGAAGCCAAAAAUGCACAUACUGUGAAGAAACUGGUUUUCUGGAAUAGGAUGGAGAUUUCCUCCAGACCGUACUAUAAUAGGAAAUCUGUUAUUAUUGUUAGUGUAUUUUUUUACAGAAGCAGGUUUUAAAGAAUGUCAUUGCAAAAAAAAAAAAAAUCACAGCCUUCUAGUUUUAUUCUGUCAAUUCUAUCUUUUUUCCUACACUAACCAACAUGUUGCACAUGGGUUUUUCUUGUGCUGAUUAUGAGAACAUGCUUUCCAAAAAAUAAAGUAAAAUUUAAAAAU